UAAUUCACCACUCUUUCUAGUUACUUAACCCAUUAUAAUUUUCAAGUGGUUGAGAAAGAAAGAAAGAGAGGGAUAGAGAGAUAGAAUCAGAGAAGCCAAUCCCAAAACAACCCAGAAAACCCAACAAAUUUACCAUAACCACGCCCCUUCACCACCAAACCCUAGAAUUCACCAUCUUUUCUAGUUAGGCUUCCUGGCAAUUAUAAUUUUUGUUCAGCUGUAAUUACUGAGUGGAAGUACUGAUGCCCGAGGCUUCUGGGUUGCUGGAAAAUUCUGCUGCCGGUGAAGGCGGUGGGGGCGCCGCCGCUGCGCCUAUCAAUCUGCAGAAUGAGGAAGGCGGCGGCGAUGGAGGGGAAGAAGAUAGAGUUGUUAGAGGGGAAGAGGGCGACCGGAAUUUCGCCGGGAACCGGUGGCCUCGGGAGGAAACUUUAGCUCUGCUGAAGCUAAGGUCCGAUAUGGACCUUGUAUUUCGGGACUCCACUGUCAAAGCUCCUCUCUGGGAAGAGGUUUCGAGGAAAAUGGCCGAGCUUGGGUUCCAUCGAAAUGCCAAAAAGUGCAAAGAGAAGUUCGAAAACAUCUCCAAGUACCACAAAAGAACCAAAGAAUGCCGGUCCAGCCGACAAAAUGGCAAGCACUACCGUUUUUUUGAGCAAUUAGAGCUGUUAGAUAGUCAAACAUCCUCACUUCCAUCGCCUUCCCAAAACAAAAUCCAGCCACGCCCAUCGGAAACUACUAUGCCGAUGGGAAUGGCAGCUACGGCCACGGCCACCGUGACAAUAAAGCCCUCAAGUUUUACCCAAGACGAUACGAUUCCUUGUUCGGUGAGAAACUCGAGUGCGGAGUUUGUGAUGUCGACAUCUACAUCAACUACAUCCUCUUCAGGGAAGCAAUCCGAGGGCAGUGGCAAGAAGAAGAGGAAAUUGGGGGAUUUUUUUGAGACACUGAUGAAGGAGGUGCUAGACAGGCAAGAGACUUUACAGAAGAAGUUUGUAGAGGCGCUUGAAAGAAGUGAGAAAGAUCGGAUGGCGAGAGAAGAAGCGUGGAGAAAGCAACAAUUGGAAAGAAUAAAGAGAGAACAGGAGAUGCUGGCACAGGAAAGAGCCGUUGCUGCUGCUAGAGAUGCAGCGGUGAUUGCAUUCCUGCAAAAGGUUUCUGAGCAAACAAGCCGUGGAAGAUUGUCCGAACCCCCGACCCCAACCCCAACCCCAACUCCACUUCCAAUUUCAACUCCAUCUGAGAAAGCCACUGACAAUCAAGAGAAUGGCAUUGCUGAUAAUUCUCCUCAGGUGAGCUCUUCACGGUGGCCUAAAUCCGAAGUUGAAGCCUUGAUUAAGCUCAGGACUAAUCUUGACUUGCAAUACCAAGACAAUGGGCCUAAGGGGCCUCUGUGGGAGGAGAUUUCAUCUUCCAUGAAGAAGUUUGGAUACAAUCGUAGUGCGAAGAGGUGCAAAGAGAAGUGGGAGAACAUCAACAAGUACUACAAGAGGGUGAAAGAAAGCAACAGGAAAAGGCCUGAAGAUUCAAAGACAUGUCCCUACUUCCAAAUGCUCGAGUCUGUCUACGAACAGAAGUCCAAGAAGAUCGACAAUUCCUACGCUUCUGGUUCGAACCUGAAGCCCGAGCAAAUUCUAAUGCAACUGAUGAACCAGCAGCCACAAGAACAGCAGCAGCAGGAGCAGCAGCAGCAACACAAUCUCAAGACAGUAACGGCAGACGGUGAAAAUGAAAACAUUGAUCAAAAUCAAGAAGAUGAUGGGGAUGACGGGGAUGACGAAGAUGAUGACAAUGGGAGUGAUUAUCAAAUUGUUGCCAAUAGCACUUGUUCCUUGGCAAACAUGGAGUAAGAGACAAGAUAAGAGAAACUUUUCCAUCAAAAGCUCAAGUGGGUAUGGAUCAUUUAAGACGUGGGGCAGAGUGAUUAAGCUUCUGAGUUUUUCCUUUGACAAUUAAUAAUGGAUGGAGCUGUAGGAAAUGGCAAGCUUCCUGCUGUACAUUCAUAUUUAUCAUCAACCAUCAUUUUAUUGGGUAAAUAGUGCAGAAAGAGGGAAUAUAAUUAAGUUGGUGUGUCAUGUAAUAAUAUAAAGCCUAGCCUCCUUUUUUUUUUUUUUUAUUUGUUUUGACACUGGAAAUGGUUGGUUUUGUAUGUUUGGUUGUGUUGUAUCAAUAAAGAGUAACCAUCAUAAUUAGUAAUUAUAAUACAAUGAGAGGGUUUAGAA